AUGUUCAGAGUGAUUGAUUUGGAUACUAUUGAUGUCAGCAAUCUCAACAGGCAGUUUUUGUUUCAAAAGAAACAUGUUGGAAGAUCAAAAUCCCAGGUUGCCAAGGAAAGCGUGUUACAGUUUUAUCCAGAAGCUAAUAUUAUAGCUUACCAUGACAGCAUCAUGAACCCUGACUAUAAUGUAGAGUUCUUCCGCCAGUUUACGUUGGUUAUGAAUGCUCUGGAUAACAGAGCUGCCCGUAACCAUGUGAACAGGAUGUGUCUGGCUGCUGAUGUUCCUCUUAUAGAGAGCGGAACUGCAGGCUACCUUGGACAAGUAACAGUUAUUAAAAAGGGAGUGACAGAGUGUUAUGAAUGUCAUCCUAAACCAACUCAGAAGACUUUUCCAGGCUGCACAAUCCGAAAUACGCCAUCAGAACCUAUCCAUUGCAUUGUGUGGGCUAAGUAUUUGUUCAACCAGUUGUUUGGAGAAGAAGAUGCUGAUCAAGAAGUCUCUCCUGACCGAGCUGAUCCUGAAGCUGCCUGGGAGCCAGCAGAAGCAGAAGCCAGAGCACGAGCAUCCAAUGAAGAUGGUGAGAUUAAACGUGUUUCAACUAAGGAGUGGGCUAAAUCAACUGGAUACGAUCCAGUUAAACUUUUUACUAAGCUUUUCAAAGAUGACAUUAGAUACCUGCUGACAAAGGAAAAGCUAUGGAGAAAAAGAAAGCCGCCAGUGCCACUGGACUGGACUGAGGUACAAAAUCAAGGGAAAAACACAUCUGAGCAACAAAAUGAAUCCUCCGCAGUCUUGAAGGAUCAGCAGGUUCUCGAUGUCAGGAGCUACGCACACUUAUUUUCAAAGAGUGUUGAAACCCUGAGACUUCACCUGGCUGAGAAGGGUGAUGGAGCAGAGCUCAUAUGGGAUAAGGAUGACCCUUCUGCAAUGGAUUUUGUCACUUCGGCUGCGAACCUCAGGAUGCAUGUUUUCAGUAUGAAUAUGAAGAGCAGAUUUGAUAUCAAGUCAAUGGCAGGAAAUAUUAUCCCAGCUAUAGCUACUACUAAUGCAGUGAUAGCUGGUCUGAUAGUGCUGGAGGGUUUGAAGAUUUUGUCAGGAAAAAUAGAUCAGUGUAGAACGAUUUUUCUGAACAAGCAACCAAAUCCCAGAAAGAAGCUAUUGGUUCCUUGUGCUUUGGAUCCACCAAAUCCUAGCUGUUAUGUAUGUGCAAGUAAGCCAGAAGUGACCGUGAAACUUAAUGUACACAAAGUUACGGUGUUAACACUCCAGGACAAGAUAGUGAAAGAAAAAUUUGCUAUGGUAGCACCAGAUGUACAAAUAGAUGAUGGAAAAGGAACUAUUCUUAUCUCUUCAGAAGAAGGAGAAACAGAAGCAAAUAACCACAGGAAAUUAUCAGACUUUGGAAUUCGAAACGGCACGCGACUACAAGCAGAUGAUUUCCUCCAGGACUAUACACUGUUAAUCAAUGUGCUUCAUAGUGAAGACCUAGAAAAAGAUGUAGAAUUUGAAGUUGUUGGUGAUGCCCCUGAGAAAGUCGGCCCUAAACCAUCAGAGCCAACAGCCAAGAACAUUACCAAUGGUAGUGAUGAUGGAGCGCAACCCUCAACAUCAACAGCUCCCGAUCAAGACGAUCUAUUGAUUGUUGAUUCUGACGAUGAAGGUACUUCAAGCAACGUUGAUGACGAUAUGGAAAACAAAAGCCGCAAGAGAAAACUAGAAGAUAAAGAGCGCGUCAGUACAAAGAGAGUGCGUACGGAGCUGACGGAAGAGCAAGAUGAAAUUAUAGCGUUAGACUGAACAUGUGAAUGCCCCAUGACAAAACAAUUCAGAUAAUGUAAUACGGUAACAGCAUCUUGUCUUGGGAUGUGAAAAAUGUCCAGAACUAGACUAAUUCGAAGGCCUUUGCUCCGAGUGAAUACCAGACCACUGGCUUAAAUAAUUUGUGUCUGUUUCUCUUGAUGAUAAAGCUCUCAUCUCAAUAGACUGUUUCAGAAGUUUUUCCAUAUUAAUUCCAUAUAUUAAAUGUAGUGGAAACAUAGUUUAUAAAUACGUACAGAUAAGUAUUUGCUUAAACAGUCAUGACAAAAGCAUGUUAUUUUUGUGUAAAUACCUUUUAGGUACAAUUCAAUAGGACAGAAAAAACCCUACUCUUGUUUAGUAAAGGGUCAUCAUCUGAUGCCUGGGUUUUAAGUAACUACAUUUUUAUUUUUUGCUUGAAGAAAACUAUUUUUAGCCUAGUCCUAAACAUUUUUCACACCCUGAACAAGUAAAGAAGAAAAUUCAACAAAGCAAAUUAGUGCCAUGUUUUAACAGUGUUCUUAAACAUCAGCUGGCACUAUGUACAUUACUGUAAAACUGUUAAUUUACUCAAGUUUUUCAGCUCGUACUGCCUGGUAUGUCAUGUAAGAAGCAAAUUUUUGUGUAUUGUUACAGUUUCAGGUUAUUUAUAUUUGAUGUUUUGUAAACUCAGAUACUACUACUAUACUGUACAUCUGAUGGACCAAAUAAAUGACAUCUGAAAUACUUGCUAUAUUUGCUUGCACAGUCCAAGUUUAUGCUGACUUAUGGGAUUUUACAAUGUAUAGCCUUCAAAAAUUACUGUAUUAUUUUCGUUUUUCUAAACAUAACCUAGUAGUACGGAACUUAAGCUUCACUUGUUUGAGGUGAAAGGGGAAUUUUUUUAAUAAAACUUUUGUGAAUGUU